AUGGACGGCUCCAUUUUAACCCCCGCAGUGCCGUGCGGGACCCCCGUGCACCGGCGCGUGGUGGGGGGCUCGGGGGCGCAGGAGGGGCAGUGGCCAUGGACGGUCAGCGUGGCCUUCAGGGGGCGCCACGUCUGCGGGGGGGCCCUGAUCGCCCCCGCCUGGGUGCUGACGGCCGCCCACUGCUUCCCGCCGGAGAACCCCCUCCCCGAGUACCGGGUGACGCUGGGGGUCCUGCAGCUCCUGUCCCCCCCCCCCGACGCCCAGGUGAGGGGCGUGGCCUCCGUCGCGCGUCACCCGGCCUAUCGCGACUAUCACGACAGCGGGCGGCGGCGGCGGGAUGAUGACGUCACGGGGGGUGACGUCAGCGGGGGCGUGGACAUGGCGGGGGAUCUGGCGCUGGCCCGGCUGGACCCCCCCGCCAGCCCCUCGCGCUUGGUACGGCCCGUGUGCCUUCCUGCUGCUGGAGUGACCUUUGACCCCGGCAUGAACUGCACCGUCACCGGCUGGGGACACGUCCGGACGGCCGUGCCGCUGCCACCGCCCAAGACGCUGCAGCAGCUGGAGGUGCCGCUGCUGAGCCGGCGCCAUUGCCGCUGCCUGUACGCGCUGGGGACAAUGACAGGGACAAUGACAGGGACAGGGGACACAGGGACAGAGCUGGGGACACCGGCGGGGGACACGCUGUGCGCCGGCCUGCCCCAGGGACAGCGCGACGCCUGCCAGGGUGACUCGGGCGGUCCCCUGUCCUGCCGCCUCAAUGGCACCUGGCACCUGGCGGGCGUGGUGAGUUGGGGCGACGCCUGCGGCCUCCCCGGGCGCCCCGGUGUCUACACGGGGGUGUCCCCUCACCUGCCCUGGAUCCUCUCCCUUGUCCCCGAGCUGGCCCCGCGCCGCCCACCCCCCUCCCCUGCUGUCCCCAAUGGUAUCUCCCAGGAUGUGCCCGAGGCUCCCUGCCAGUGGGCGGAGCUUCCCCCGGGCUGGCCACGCCCACUGUGGCCAAGCCAGGGAGGGACCACGGACACGGACACGGGGGUGGCACCGGGGCACAGCCGGGCACUGCUGCUGGGGGCGGCGCUGAUCUGGGUUUUGGGGUGAAAAACACGGAUUUUGGGAGUCCUGGGGUGAAAAUCCCGGAUUUUGGGGUCCUGCUCUGGGUUUUGGGGUGAAAAUCCCGGAUUUUGGGGGUCCUGGCCACGCCCACUGUGGCCAAGCCAGGGAGGGACCACGGACACGGACACGGGGGUGGCACCGGGGCACAGCCGGGCACUGCUGCUGCUGGGGGCGGCGCUGCUCUGGGUUUUGGGGUGAAAAACGCGGAUUUUGGGGUUCUGGGGGGAAAAAAACC